AUGCAACCAGCAAUGCCGAACCCACAGCUUCCCGGCAUGCCGCAACGCGAUGUCCUGGUGCUGGCGGAGCGCAUGCAGCUCAUCAGUGAAGGCGGCUUCAUGUACUGUGCGCGGCAGUGCGUGACGCACUACGGCGAGGACUCCAUCCCGUACCACCCUGGAGAGAAGGCGUGCCUCGACCGCUGCAUCAGUAAGGUGUACAACGGCCUUGAACUCUCGCGCAGCAUCAAGAAGGAGUUCGAGGACCGCGUGAAGAGGGGCGAGAUGCCGUACCAGUGGAUGAAGGACAUCACAUCCCAGCAGGCCAAUUAG